GCAGCCCUCGCGGUGUGGAUCACCAUUCUUCGCUUUAUGGGGGACCUUCCUGAGCCAAAAUAUCACACCGCGAUGAGCGACGGCAGCGAGAAAAUCCCGGUCAUGACCAAAAUUUACGAGACGCUGGGGAAGAAGUCCUACAAGAAGGAACUCCAGGCCCUUCAAAGUGACGGAGAAAGCUCUCAUCUAGAUGGCCAUAAGAAGAGCAGUGUGCGGCAGAAAUUGGUCUCCUUAACCCUCAAGAAAAAAUCAAAGUUAACCGAAGAGGUGACCAAGCGCCUUCACGAUGGUGAGUCCACCGUCCAUGGAAACAGCAUGUUGGAGGACCGCCCAACAUCCAAUUUGGAGAAACUGCAUUUCAUUAUUGGGAAUGGCAUCCUGAGGCCAACUUUAAGAGAUGAAAUCUACUGCCAAAUCUGCAAACAGCUGACCCAAAAUCCUUCCAAAAACAGCCAUGCCAGAGGAUGGAUCCUGGUGUCCUUGUGUGUGGGCUGCUUCGCCCCCUCUGAGAAAUUUGUCAAGUAUUUAAGGAACUUCAUCAUCGGGGGUCCUCCAGGGUAUGGCCCUUAUUGUGAAGAGAGGCUCAGAAGGACGUUUGUCAAUGGGACCAGGACGCAGCCCCCAAGCUGGCUGGAGCUACAG